UAUUACCUUAACAGCCGGAUGUGAGGUGGCUCCUAGGAGCAAGCCAAAGAUAAACACGUAGCCUGAGGAGUGGGGGUAAGGAUAAUAUACGUUACAGAGAGGCUGCUGUUUAAACGAAGAAAUGGAGUAGUUAAGAACAGUAACAUUCUAGCAGGCAAGGAAUCAUCCGUUAUAUUAACCAAGGAGCAAUUCUUCCGCAGACAACGAGUCGGAAAGCUGUCACAAGCUGAGUCCAAAAUGGUGCGAACAGCCUUGGUGACUGCCACCAGUCUGACGCUGACUGGGGCUGUGGUGGCACACGCCUACUUCCUCAAACACCAGUUCUACCCAACUGUGGUCUACCUCACCAAGAGCAGCCCCAGCAUGGCGGUAUUGUACAUCCAGGCCUUUGUUCUGGUGUUUCUGCUGGGAAAGUUCAUGAGGAAGGUCUUUUUUGGGCAGCUAAGGGCUGCAGAGUUGGAGCACCUCAUCGAGCGCUCCUGGUACGCGGUGACCGAGACGUGCCUGGCAUUCACUGUGUUCAGGGAUGAUUUCUCCCCUCGCUUUGUCGCCCUCUUCACCCUCCUGCUCUUCCUUAAGUGCUUCCACUGGCUGGCUGAGGACAGGGUGGACUUUAUGGAACGGAGUCCAAACAUAUCCUGGGUUUUUCACAUGAGAGUAUUAUCUCUCAUGGGACUGCUGGCUGUCCUGGACUUCCUAUUUGUCAACCAUGCCUGUCACAGCAUCAUUACCAGAGGAGCCUCAGUCCAGCUUGUUUUUGGAUUUGAGUAUGCCAUCCUGCUGACCAUGGUGCUGACAACCUUCAUCAAAUAUGUUCUGCAUACUAUUGACCUGCAGAGUGAGAAUCCCUGGGACAAUAAGGCGGUGUAUAUGCUCUACACUGAGCUCUUCACAGGUUUCAUCAAAGUGCUCUUGUACAUUGCGUUUAUGACCAUCAUGAUAAAGGUCCACACCUUCCCGUUGUUUGCCAUCCGGCCCAUGUACCUGGCCAUGAGGCAGUUCAAGAAAGCUGUAACAGAUGCUAUAAUGUCUCGCAGGGCCAUCCGCAACAUGAAUACGCUCUAUCCUGACGCUACUCCUGAAGACCUGCAGGCUUCUGACAACGUCUGCAUCAUCUGCCGGGAGGAAAUGGUCACUGGAGCCAAGAAACUACCUUGUAAUCACAUUUUCCACUCCAGCUGCCUGCGGUCCUGGUUCCAGAGACAGCAGACCUGUCCUACAUGUCGCAUGGAUGUCCUCCGAGCAUCUAAUAACAAUCAGACUCCAGCUCCAGCCCAGGUCCCACCCCCUGCACCUGCAGCCCCUGCCAACGCUGCCCCAGCCCCACCUGCUAAUGUGCUACCAGCCUUUCCCCCUGGCAUCUUCCCCUUCUGGGGUCCUUUCCCUGCAGUGCCUCCACCAGCUGCCGCAGCAGCUGCAGCUCCUGCUGCUGCAGAUGCUCCACAAAGCAGCACAGAGGCCACACAGACAGCUGGUACUAGCCAACCCACCACGUCUACUGCCAAUGGCACUACAGCAGCUGCUGCUCCAGGACCAGCGAUCCCAGGCUUCCCCUUCCCACCUCCUCCCUUCCCCACUGCACCAUGGCUGGCCAUGCCACCACCUCCUCCCUUUGUGUCGUCGAUGCCGCCUCCUCCUCCCUCUCUGUCCCGGCUGUCUGAGGAGGAGCUCAGGGACCUGGAGGCCGAUGGCCGGCGGGGCCUUGAGGCCAGGCUCCAGUGUCUCCAAAACAUCCACACCUUGCUCGAUGCUGCCAUGCUCAACAUUCACCACUACCUUAGCACCAUCGCCACACUCGCUCCUCCUCGGACUCAGGGCAGCGCUGGAGAAGCCAGUGGCACAAACCACACUGCAUCAUCAGUGGCUCCUGGCAGUAGCACAGAGAGUCCCAACCAGGAGAGGGACUCAUCCAGCUGUGAUCAAGUGAGCGCAGCCACAGUCUCCUCUCAGCCAGCGGACUCCACUACUUCUGCCUCAGACACAGAAAGAAAAGAAAAGAUGAAUGAAGGUGUGUUGGAGGACGAUGACGGAGAGCCGAAUGCUGCUGAACUGAGGCGCCGCCGCCUCCGCAAGCUGGAAACGGCAACAUCAUCAGCGUCAUCAUCACCCCCUCCAGACAACUGAUCCAUGUAUCCUGACUCAGAUGUAUCACUCUGGGCCAGCAGGAACUCUGGACAGGGAUACUCUAGUGACAUAUGGUCACUUUUGUUCUUCAUUGCCUCUCGCCUUCCAACAGCUCAGGUUCCUAACUGAGUGGAGUUGGACUCAGGCUGCGGGGAGAUACAGUGAUCUGCUUAUCUGGAUUGUAUCUGUUAGAAAGCAAUAGCAUGACAUGUUUUUUUCAUCACCUUUUCCCACACAGACUCAAUACUGCAGUAAGAGCACUGCAGGUGUUUCUGAGUUUAAUCAGAUGGAAGCUGAAUUCUCAUUUCAAGCUCAGAUUUGUCGUCAGAGAUGUAAAGCGACUGUGCUUGGACUUGUGCUACUUUUACUGUCAGUGAUGUUUUUGUUUUUUUUUUUUUUUCUGAUUCCACUUUCUGCAGUAUGAAGAUGGUUCCAUUCACCACAUCAACAUGUUACCCAGCAGCCAGGUCAGAGUCUGAACCAGCGGAUUCAAAUUAAGGGAAACUAAUCGACUUCUUUAGCUUUGUGUCCUUUAACACACAUCACUCUUCUGUUGCCUGGUUUCUCCACCUGCUGCUAGUGUAGAUGCUGUAACAUAAUGAUUUAUUUGAAUAUGUACAUACUGUAUAAAGAGUUUUAAUAGGAUGAUCUGUACAUAAUGCAGAAUAAAGUGUUUGACUGAAAUGGUGCAACUACACCUGUUGGUGAAAGCUCAGAUCCAAAACACAAA